AGGGAGGGGACGGAGAAGGGAGGGUACAAGGGGGUGGGGGGCACCCGGAGCCCGCGCUCCGGAAGUGAAGCGGCCACUCCACCCGCUAAUGGAUGCGCAGCGGCCGCCCAGCAGACAGCUCUCGGCGCCAGGGACAGCUUGAUUUGGCUGAAGUUAAGACGCAUACACACUAUUGUAUAGAGGUGGGAGACAUCUUCCUGAGCUGGAAGCUGAAUACAUGGCCCCUUGAUUCUUGAGGAACAUUCUGGAACAUAUAAACAGGAGUCCUCGCCAUUUUGCUGUGUGACUCCCCAGAGCUUUGGGUGCUAGAGUGGAUGCUGCCUCCCCGCUGACUAGAGAGAGGCGAAGUGACAGGAAACAUUUGAUGGGAAAAGCAGUUGUCCCAGGUGCCUCACAGUGACAAGAGUCAGCACCACACAGCCUACAGCUCUCAGAAACAGCAUCGAACCCACUGCAGAGCCACAGGGCUGAUAACUGCAGCCCACCCCCGUCCACCCUGUAGUAUCCAUCAACUUUGCUGAGGGUCUGAAGACACCCAGGAAGUGCCUGGUUCUUGAUACUAAGUAAAAGGACAAAGCCACCCACAAGGCUUUGAGCUGCUUGGGGCGUGAGCCAGGCCAGGCCUAAGCACAAAAGCAUAUCCUGGGACGAUGGCGGUGGCACUGUUGGAGGAGUGGUGUAAGAUCAUGAGUGUGGAUGACCGGAAGUCAUUGAUGGUGAUUGGCAUACCCAUGGACUGUGGUGAGCCUGAGAUCCAGGCGGUUCUUCAGGAGGCACUGAAGUGUGUGGGCAACUACCAACUGCUAGGCAAGAUAUUCCAGAAGCAAGAUAACACCAAUGCUGUUUUACUAGAACUCCUGGAGGACACAGAUAUGUCUGUGGUCCCCAGUGAGGUUCAGGGAAAAGGGGGUGUCUGGAAAGUGAUCUUUAAGACCGCUAAUCAGGACACUGAGUUUCUCCAAAGACUGAACCUCUUUCUAGAAAAAGAAGGGCAGACGGUUGCAGGAAUGUUCCGAGCCCUUAAGCAGGAGGGAGUGGCUCCAGCUACCGCGACCUGCACAUCCUCUGAGUUACUGGUCCAUUUGGUGGGGCAGGCAAUGGCUCAAACCCCAAGGUCUCUGCUGCCUAUGAGGUACUGUAAGUUGCGAGUAUUCUCUGGGAGCACAGUACCUGCCCCAGAGGAGGAGUCCUUUGAGGUCUGGUUGGAACAGGCCACUGAGAUAGCCAAAGAGUGGCCCAUCCCUGAGGCAGAAAAGAAAAAGUGGAUGACGGAGAGCCUCCGUGGCCCCGCCCUGGACCUCAUGCACAUCGUACAGGCGGACAACCCUUCUGCCAGUGUGGAAGAGUGUCUGGAGGCCUUUAAGCAGGUGUUUGGGAGCCUGGAGAGCCGUAGAUCCUCGCAGGUAAGAUACCUAAAGACCUAUCAGCAAGACGGGGAGAAAAUCUCAGCCUACGUGCUCCGACUGGAAACUCUGCUUCGAAGAGCUGUGGAAAAACGGGCUAUUCCCCGAAACAUUGCUGACCAGGUACGCCUGGAGCAGGUCAUGGCUGGGGCCAACCUUAACAAUGUUCUCUGGUGCCGGCUGCGGGAGAUGAAGGAUCAGGGCCCACUACCCACCUUUUUGGAGCUGAUGAAGGUCAUACGGGAGGAAGAAGAAGAAGAGGCCUACUUUGAACAUGAGAGCAGGGAGGAGUCAGGGGAAAGAGAGGGUUACAGCCGCUGGGACAAUGGAAGGAGCAACUGAGAGCUACCCCCACUCCUUCCACCUCUUGGUGGGCAUAGGGAUAGUGCUUGACAAGGCUGAUCUUGUUACACUGGGUUUUUCUCUAAUAUACAGAAUUGAAGACAAGCAUUAGAACCAAGUCUUUUUUUUUUUUGUUUUGACAGGGUCUCACCUUAUAGCCCAGGCUGGCCUAGAGUUUGCUCUCUCCCUGCAUCAGGCCUCCCAAGUUGAGUUCUGGGAUUAGAAGAAUGUACCACCACUAGUGUCCCAUCUCAAUUUUUCUUUCUGAGAAAAAAAAAAAAUGCCUGGACUCUAAAGUAGAUUGGUUUGGUGGACUCUAAAGUAGAUUGUUAGUAAAUACAAGACCAAGUCCCUAAAAUACCUAAAACUCCUGUACGUUAGUUUCCUUUAAGCCCACCAAGGGUCAGCCAGAUAGCUGGGUUGGUAAUGUUGCUUGCCAACGUCUUCAGAGGGGGUAAUGAUGUGAACAGGAAAUAGAAAUUGGCUGGCAGGAGCUGAAGUGAUGGCUCAGUGGUUAAGUGCACUUGCUACUCUUACAGAGGAGUUCAGAACCUAGCACCCACAUGGUGGUUCACAACCAUCCAUAACUCCAGUUUCAGAGGAUCCAACACCUUCUUCUGGUCCCUUUGGGCACUGCACACAUGUGGUAUGCAUACAUACGUGCAGAGCACACACAUAAAAUAAAAAUAAAUAGAUCUUUAGAAAAAAAGAAGGCAGUUUAGGAGCAUUUCAAGAGUGGGUUCUCUGACUCACGAGUGCCACAAAGGAGCUCUGACUUCUCCUUGUCACCUUCAUAGAAGUUACACUUUAGGGUGGGACUGGGACCUCAGCCAGACACUAAUCCCUUUGUAAAUAGCUUUAGAAGUAGAUCUCUAGAUUUUCAUGAUAAAAAUGGCUUAUAUCUGUUCCCCAAUUUUAGCCCAUCUCCUAAAUGAUUUUAGGGUUACCUCUUCAGAGGAGAGAAUUUUAUAGUGGCCUUGAUUGGGGCUUUACUGAGUCUCAUUAAGAGAAAACCAUUGCCUUCUGGUCAGAAAAAUGGAAUCUACCACUUGCCUAGGUGGAGACCUAACAUUCCGAACUCACCAAAACAUAAGAGUUAAUCCAGUUGGGAAUGUCCAUCACCUGUCUGAUGGAUUGCCCAUUAGGAAGGUGGAUUCACCUAAUACCUUUAACGAGAUCACAUACUCUUUCUCCCCGGGAUCUCUGCUGUCUGUGUAGCCACUACAGAGCCACCACAAAAUAAGGCAUGGCUUCCUUUCUUCCUCUUCCGUGUCCCUCUGCAGGAAGGUUCGGUCCCCAUGGUAGAAGGAGAGAACCAACUCCUGCAAGCUGUCAUUACACACACACACACACACACACACACACACACACACACACACACACACACACGUAAUGUUUUAAACCACAUCAGAAAGACCAGUGUUGACUCAUACCAUAGAAAAAUGAAUUGACCUUGUUUUUAAAAAAAAAAAUAAACAGCUUUUGCAAUAAAGUUUGAAAGAUGAGAUGGAGUGGCUUGUCGGGACAUUUCCUGUCUCAAAUCAGCAAAUUCUGUUAGACUCUGGAAACUUCCUCCAGCUGUCAUCUAUAGCUAAGCAGUCACAGGCCUUGUACUAGGGAUCUGGGGAGCUGGGGGGCAGGCCCUCCUCUUCCGGAUGUAGGACCAUCAUGCCUUUGGGUUUCUAAUGUCACCUGCAGUGUGUCCCCUUCCACACACAUCUUCCUUCUACUUCGUGUAGAUGGUUCCAGAAGGAGCUGCAAUGUCAGUCUCUCGACCCGUGGAUGGUUCACCUGGUCUGUUACCAAGAGGUACACAGCCAUCGAGAGACGUCUUUGAGAAAAAGACGGACGUUUAGAGACAUGCACAGAAGUGGACAUGCACGGAGUGGUGUGACUGUCACUCUGGUCUGUUUAACCACCAAGACUUUAACUGGCCGCAGUGAGCAAAGCAGAGCAAAGGACCUCACAACCUGCUGAGGGCUUCAACAUGCAAUGUGUUUCACAUAAGCCCCACUUCAUUUGUGUGGCAAGCUACUCUUUGUAGCGUGGUGUAUGCGUUUACGGGGUGUGUGUCACUGGUGUGGGGUGCUGUGUUACUCUUUAUAAAGAGAAAGAAGCAAAGGUCAAAUGAGUUCAAUGGUCUCAACAACAAAAUGCUCAGAAGUGAUACCUGGACAGAAGCCCGGAAGGGACUUUGGGAACCCACCCUCCCCUAGCUGUGUGUCACUCAAACGUGUUUUUCUUAGUUCAGUAGAAGACUGAUGUUAAGCAAAUUGUAUUUUAAACUCCUUAAAUCUCAAACACACAGCAGGUGGUCUAAAGUGUCCUGAUGACCAAGUCUCAGCAUGAUCAGUGUCCACCACGCUUGCUUUUGUUUCUAGACUGACCCAUUUGCAGCAAAACCAAGUUCCCCUGCUGGCAUUGGUGUACCUAUUUCAAGCUUUCUGUAAUUGUACGUAGACUUGAAAACUGUAGUGUCCUGUGUGUGUGCCCCAGGUUCGAGUGCACUAGAACACCAUGAACAACCAACACUUACAUGCCAGGCAGAGCUCUGGCCCAGUUCAUGUACAGCCUUGUGGUAGGUCCUUGUGUGCUGUAAGCAAGUGGCUUAGCUUCUCUUAACAUCAGUUUCCUCAUCUGAAAAUGGACUGCCAUUAGGAUCAAAGGGCACAGUGCCCUUUAAGCACUUCAAGUAACGUUUUGGAAGUUAGAAACCCCUCGACACACUGAGGGUCUUGGUAUUUUCGUGGUAGUUGUUGUCAACUCAGUGCAUGCUCUCCUGACUGUUCUGGUUGUGUGGAAACAAGUAAAGAUGUAACAGGCUGCCAGCCGUGAUGCUCCCACCGGGAAGCAUUUCAGCUCUUUUGCACUGGCUGUCUUCCACAUCCGUGGUAAGUAUUCCAGAAGUGGCUGGUGACCUAGCUGACUUGAUUUUGAAGUGAUAACAUGCUCUUCUAGAUUGUGAGUUGGUUUAAUUGAAGAAUAAGAAGUUGCAAGAGAAGUGUUUUUUAAAAGUCAUCAUCUGCGAUGACUUAUCUUUCUGAAAUGCAUUUUGUCCACGCCGCCUAACCACAGUGAUUGUCAUUAUUGACCAUUAUAUCCUGACUUCAUGUGGCUUUGUGUUCUUGAGAAUGGCUUCACCAUUGUCACUUAUCAACAGGCUGAAAAAUUAAAUGUUACCCCUGUGAAGUUAUGAAAUAAAUCAGAGUUAGUGAAA